AUGGCUUGGGGCAGUCGACCAGAAGAGCCGACACCUCCAAAGGAAUUGCUGGACAAGCCUGUAGUGCAGAAGAAGCUGCCCGCCAAAUUACAACAAAUAGUAGACCGCGAGGACGAAUUCUACGACGACCUUUAUUCCGGAUACUCUGUGGAUUCUACAGACACUCCCUUCCGUUAUGCAGCAUACGCCAAUCGCAUCCGUACAAUCCUGCUCUCCGCUCAUCGCUAUGUCGCCUACACCUCCGACAUUGGCGAAUCAUUCCGCCCAAUCGCACACCCCUGGCUCGUCCGCUCCGCCUACGGAAUUUCAUGGACCUACCUCCUAGGCGAUGUCGGCCACGAAGGCUACAAAGCUUACCUGCGCAACUGGAAGGCCCUCGCGCCAACCGGGGACGCCUACAAGGACGCCAGCGAGCCUUCCCAAGAUCAGAUCAUUAAGGGCAUGGCGACGGGCAACAUGACCAUUGGCAACCAAGCCGACUCCAACGAUUCCCUGCACUGGCCUACGCCUGAGAUCCCACUCGCGGAGGAUUACCGCAUGGUCAUGGCAAAGCGGGCUGUGUUCCAGAGCAUUGCCAGUAUGGGUCUGCCGGCAUUCACGAUCCACAGUGUGGUGCGAUACUCUGGAAGGAUGGUCAAGGGGGUGAAAACCUCGUUCAUUCGGACUUGGACGCCUAUCGGGUUGGGUCUCGCUGUUGUCCCCUUCCUUCCUUAUAUCUUCGAUCACCCCAUCGAUGAAGCCGUGGAAUGGGCCUUCCGCACUGGUCUGCGUGCGUACGGCGGCGAAGCAGCAGUCCGCCCAUUACCGGGUAAGAGUCUGCCUCCCAGAGAAGAGGAGGAGGUCCGCGCUGCUGCGGCGGCGAACCUUUCCUGGGAUGAGUACAAGGCUGAGCGGGAGCGAGCACGCGAGCUGCGUCGCCAGUCUGGUCAGGGGAGCAGUGGGAUUGCGUCGCUGACGAGCUGGUUUGGAAAGUCUUCCGAGGAGAAGAAGAACGACUGA